AUGGCUCGGCUGGUGAGCCUUUCUGGGCUGCUUCUUUUGGCCCUGCCGAUUGCAGCCAAGACUAAUGUAACGUCUACGCUCUCGUUCGCUCAGCCCUCGGGCUACACGUCGUCCAGCUUCAAUGCUUCUGCUCAGCCCACCCCAUUCACCCGUACCGAUUACUCGCCCAAUGCACUCGCAUCCCUCUGGGAUCAAGUAGGCCCUGUCGCUACCGGUCCAGUCACGUCUACUGUUACUCCAACUCCUGAGCCGUCCGUGUACCCUAAACCGGAUCCGCAUUUCUACCACGCCCUCGUUGGUAGCGGGUACCCGGAGGCUCGAGAUCUCAAGUUACCCGACAACUUCCAUUGGGGAUUGAGUUCUUCGGCGUACCAGAUUGAAGGUGCGGCCAAGGCCGAGGGAAAAGGACCCAGUAUCUGGGAUCUGCUGGCCCAUCGAGUCCCCAACUUUGUGGCGGACAAUACGACGGGUGAUGUUGUUGCUCAGCAUUACUACCUGUACAAGCAAGACUUUGCUCGGCUUGCAAGUCUGGGUAUCAAGGCUUUCAGUCCCAGCUUCUCAUGGCCGCGUUUCUUCCCCUUUGGCAACGGUCCGGUCAACGAGGAAGCUGUUGCACACUAUGACGACGUGAUCUCGACCAUGCACGCCAAUGGCAUCCACCCUUCGGUGACGCUUUUCCACUGGGACACGCCAUUGGCCAUCUUUAAUGAAUAUGGCGGAUGGACCGACCGACGCGUGGUGGAUGACUUUUUCCACUACGCCAAGUUUGUCAUUACACGCUACGACGCCUAUGUUGACGAGUGGUUUACUAUCAACGAGCCCCAGUACUGCAACUGGCAGUAUGCGUCUUAUCCAGCGGGCGAAUACUACCCGGCGCCAAACGGGAUUACGCCUGGUGUGAGAGCACGCUUCUUGUGUGGCCACUACACGCUACUUGCGCAUGCAAAGGUGGCCAAAUGGUACCACGAAGAGUUCAAGGGCCGCGGACGCAUCACGCUGAAGAACAGUGGCAAUUACUAUGAAGCCAAUAGUACCAAGCCUGAAGACGAGGUGGCGCGGCAACGCAACUUUGACUUUAGCAUUGGCUGGUUUGGGGGCCCAUGGACAGACGGCGACUACCCGCAGUCGCUCAAGGACACGCUUGGAGACCUGUUGCCCGAGUUUACGCAGGAGGAGAAGGACAUGAUCAAGGGCUCGUGUGACUUUUACGCCAUUGAUCCCUACUCGUCGUUUGUCGCGUUUGAAGUCGAGGGCGGGCUCGAGGCAUGUACGAGCAACCGGUCACACCCGUCGUUCCCCGACUGUGCUGGAUCCGCAAGCGUAGCGCCCAAUGGAUUUCCCAUUGGGCCGGCGGCCGACCCAGCCAUGUCGUGGUUCUACUCUGCGCCGGCAGGAGUACGGCGGUUCCUCAAACACAUUACCCAGGUGCUUUUUCCGUCGGUGCCCGACAUUGUCGUCAGUGAAUUCGGAUUCGCGGAGCCGUUUGAGGCACAGUGGACGAACCUCAACGCAGCACUGUGGGACCUCAAGCGCGCCGACUACUACCAGCAGUACCUCGACAACAUUCUGCUGGCGAUCCAUGUGGACAGGGUCAAUGUAACGGGGGCCUGGGGGUGGUCCAUCUACGACAACUUUGAGUGGCUCCUGGGCACUUCGGUCCGGUUUGGGCUGCAUAGCAACUUUCCCUCCCCAAUCGCCGCCGACCACCCAUCCAUCCCGCCUUCCCCCGCUUCUUCUUCUUCCCCAAUAAUCUCUGCCCACUCCAACCUCCCUCCCACCACCGCUACCGCUGCUGCUGCUGCUGCUGCUGCUGCUGCUGCCGCCGCCGCCACUACCGCCCUUCCGUCCCAAGGCACUACGGCCACCAAGCGCAGGAACACCUUCUCCGACAGCGGCGGCCAGAGCGAAGAAGAGGCUCUAUCGCGCACCGACCGAGGCAGGUCAUCCCGCCACACCUCGAAGCGCCUGCGCAGAAACGACGGGACCAUGCGCCUGGACAACGACUCCUCCAAGACUGCACAAUCGCCCUCUCGCAACUUUACAAACGGAUCUUCACAGUCGUCGGCGCCCAGGUCGCCGCUGGGCAAGAAUACGAAUGGCAGCCCCCACAGCCGCAACGAGAGCAACGGCUCCUACACAAAUGGGGGCCCGGUAGCCAAUGGUGCAUCGGUCCCCGCGACCUUUUUUGGCCAUGAUAGGGAGGAGGUUACGCGUAUACUCAUCCAGAGCCUGACGGACCUGGGAUAUCAUGGCGCCGCGAGCGCAUUGUGCAAGGAAAGCGGUUUCCAGCUCGAAGGACCCACGGUUGCGGCGUUCCGGAGCUCAGUGUUGAACGGCGAUUGGGAAGAGGCGGAAGAGUUAUUGUUUGGCUCCAACACAAGUGACAAUGGAGGCGGCGUUGGUUUGGAUGCCCCGUACGGAAAAUCAUGGGGGGGAAAGUCACGGUCAAAGUCGGGUUCGCAGCGUUCUGCAGGCCUGACGCUUGCCGAGGGCGCGAAUCGCGAGGUUAUGCUCUUCUGGCUCAAGCAACAAAAAUACCUCGAACUGCUCGAACGCAGGGAUCUCUCCAAAGCACUCGCAGUUCUUCGACAGGAGCUGACGCCUCUGCACCAAGACGUGGGCAGGCUACAUGCUCUUUCAGCGUUUAUGAUGUGCCAAUCUGCCGAGGACUUGAGGCAUCAGGCCCAAUGGGACGGUGCUCGCGGCGAGUCGCGAAUGCAUCUCCUCUCGGAUCUUUCGAGAUCCAUCUCGCCUAGUGUCAUGAUUCCAGAGCAUCGAUUAGCAGUACUGCUAGACGAGGUAAAAGAUAGCUGGAUCGCAAAUUGCUUGUACCAUAACACGGCCGCAUCACCUUCGCUCUAUCUAGAUCACAAUUGCGAGAGAGACGAUUUCCCCACAAAGGCCGUCCUGGACAUCAGGCAUCACAAGGACGAGGUGUGGUUUCUGCAAUACUCAAAUGACGGUACUAAGCUGGCGUCAACGAGCAAAGACUGCACAAUCAUCAUCUACGACACCACCACAUACAAGGUGCUACACCAAUUAGACGAACACCGAGAUUCCGGCGUCACCCAUCUUGCGUGGAGUCCUGAUGACACCAAGAUUGUAACAUGCUGUUCCCAGCCAGAGAACUCUGCGCGGAUAUGGGACGUCAAGACUGGUGUAUGCAUACAAUGCAUUAGUGACUUUACAUACCCCUGCACAACAGCAGCAUGGGAUCCGUCGGGCACACGCGUGAUUAUUGGAUCACAAGAUGACCGAAUGGGCUGCGGAGUGUGGGAUCUCAACGGCGAACUCAAACACAACUUCUGCGACGAUGGUGGAAAGCUGCGAGCGAAUGACCUUGCCGUAUCACCAAACGGCGAGCGACUUGUCGUCAUCACGGAAAAUUCGAUUGUCGUCUUUGACUUUGUCAGCUACGAGAAGAUUGCGGAAUUUCAACUCGACGAAGUCAAACUGACGAGUGUCAUGAUUAGCCAAGAUUCGCGGCACAUGCUGGUGAGCAUGAGCCCGGACCAGAUCAAGCUUAUGGAGAUUGACACGGGUGAUGUCAUCCAACGCUUCGAGGCACACGCUCAGAAACAGUUCAUCAUCAGGUCCGCAUUUGGUGGCGCGGACGAGAACUUUGUCGUUAGUGGCAGCGAGGACUCGCGGAUAUACAUCUGGCGCUCCAACGGCCUCCUCAUCGAGGCCCUCGACGCCCACCCCGGCUGCGUCAAUAGCGUAGCAUGGCACCCCAAGGACCCGACCACCUUUGCCUCUGCAGGCGACGACAUGCGAGUCAAAAUCUGGAAACCAGCCUCUGCAUCCCCAAUACCACUGCCAGGUAACGGCUACGGGGGGUAAGAAAAACAAAGUGACGGAAUAGACUAGUUCUGGCGCGACACACACACACACACACAUAUACAUAUUUCUAUGUUUUACUUAUCUAUCCC